AAGAUGGCGGCUGAGGUGGACUUUGGCGACCGCGAGCUAUUCGAGCAGCUCGAGGAGGAGGACGCGCCACCGCCGCCCUCUCACAUCCGCUUCGACGAGGAGGAGGAAGAGGAAGGAGCCGAGGGCGCGCUGGCGGAGCUGCGCGAGCGCCUGCGGGGCUGUGAAGAGACGGUGCGGCGGCUCCGGGCGGAGAAUCAAGAACUUAAAAGGAAGCUGAAUAUUCUGACUCGCCCUAGUGGAAUUUCAGUGGACAGCUCUAAAUGCGAUGGGCCUCUGCUGCAGAUUUUAUUUAUGAACAAUGUCAUUUCAAAGCAAUAUCAUCAAGAAAUUGAAGAUUUUGUUUUUAAUUUAGUUCAGAAGUAUGAAGAGCAACAGAGAUCUGUACCAGAAAAAAGCCACUUCAAUCUUAAGCCACAGCCCUCCAGUAUUCUUUUGGAAGAGGAUUUUAAAGCAGCAAGCUCAAAUUCUGUUAAAAAAAUGAAGGAAGCCUUCAGUGUUGUAGGAAGUGUUCUGUAUUUUACCAAUUUUUGUCUUGAUAAACUGGGACAGCCUAUAUUAAAUGAAAAUCCACAACUGACAGAAGGAUGGGAAAUACCUAAAUAUCAGCAAGUUUUCAGCCAGAUUCUCUCCCUAGAUGGACAAGAAAUACAAGUAAAACCAAAAAGGCCAAAACCUCAUUGUUUUAAUUGUGGUUCUGAAGAACAUCAAAUGAAAGACUGUCCAAAGCCACGAAAUGCUGCUCGUAUAAGUGAGAAGAGAAAGGAAUAUUUGGAAGCUUGUGGUGAAACGAGCAACCAGAAUUACCAGCAGCGUUAUCAUGCAGAAGAAGUGGAAGAGAGAUUUGGAAAAUUUAAACCAGGAGUAAUUAGUGGAGAACUUCAGGAUGCACUUGGUGUCACAGAUAAGAGUCUUCCUCCAUUUAUAUAUCGCAUGCGUCAGCUGGGUUAUCCUCCAGGUUGGCUCAAAGAGGCUGAAAUGGAGCACUCGGGUCUUGCACUUUAUGAUGGCAGAGAUGGCGGUGAAACAGAAGAUGAAGGAUCCCAUCAACCCAAACGUGUCACAUACGAUGUGUCUAAGUUGAUAAACUAUCCAGGGUUUAAUAUAUCCACUCCAAGUGGGAUUCCAGAUGAAUGGCAGAUAUUUGGUUCCAUACCCAUGCAGCCAUCUCAACAGAAGGAUGUUUUUGCAAACUACCUUUCUACUUUUCAUGCGUCAAGUACAAAGCCAAGCAACAAAAGGGCUGCAACACAGUCAAGCCCACAUCCUUCAAAGCGACCAAAAGCAGACAACUCGGAGGUACCAGCACCUGACAUGGACCUAGAUUCUGAUUUGGAAGUGUCACAAAGGUCUCAAACUCGUAACAGCUUUCAGUUCCAGCCUCCGUUGCCACCUGGGCCUCCAUCAAGUUCAGCUCCUCCUCCUUUACCAGAAGGGACACCUCCACUUACUCCACUACACUCUACACCACCGCAACCUCCAACCCCCACGCCCCCUCCUCUUCCUAGGAGUACUCCACCUUUGACUCCUUCCGGUGUUACUUCUCAGCCAAAAAUAGUGGACUCAACCAUGGAUGAGGAUACUCUGACUUUAGAAGAGCUGGAGGAACAGCAGCGAUUAAUUUGGGCAGCACUAGAGCAGGCAGAGAGCACAAACAGUGACUCCGAUAUUCCUGUUGAUACACCUUUAACUGGAAACUCUGUUACAUCAUCACCAUCCAGGAAUGAAGUAGAACUUGUUGCAGAAGUAAGAUCAUCUGACAAGGUGGUUACAGUAGAAACUAAGCUUUCUGAUACUGGUUCACAGGUACCAGAAAAUGAACAUCCUAAAACUAGUCCUAAUCCAGGUGAUAGUUCACUUAUUUUAAAGGAAAAUCCUGAUAAUGCAGAUUCUGAAGGCAUGCUGGAUGACAUCACCCCUGCUCCCAAAGUUGAGGUUAGCAAUGGAGGAAAUACAAGUGUUAGUCAGAUGGUCACAAACACUGAAUCAUCUGCAAAGAACUCCGGUCCCAUUCCUGACAUGAGCAAGUUUGCUGCAGGAAUAACACCAUUUGAAUUUGAAAAUAUGGCAGAAUCAACGGGUGUUUAUCUUCGCAUACGAAGUGUUUUAAAAAACUCCCCUAGAAACCAGCUAAAGAAAAAGCCCUAAUCUUAACUGGUCUUCCUUUGCUCCAUUAUGUGCAAAUCUCUUUGCCCUUCUCUCUCCUCGUGCAGUUUUAUGGAGUUAGAUAAUCUUCAUCCUCCUGUGGCAAAGAGAAAAUCUGGAAAAAUACGGCUAUGCCCCUGGUCUACCUUUGAACUGCAGCCAUUGCAGGCCUUCCGUACUGACCAGGACCAAUGCUACCAGAAAAUAUACAGGAAUUUCCUAUAUCCUUCCACUAAGGAAUAACAGGACUGUUGAUUUAUUAAGAACAAUUUAUCAAUACACACAACUCAAAGAAAUUGUAAUUCGGUGUUCAUUACUUUAUAUUGUCCUUGAGUUUCAGGUGAAAUGCUGAUUUUUUUUAAUCUGUUCUUUGUACAAUAACCUAUACUUUAUAUGUUUUGCUAAUUAUCCUGUAGGUAAGUUUAAUAUAUUAAGAAUGUUUUUUAAAAAAGAGUAAACGUAAAGAUUUCCCACAUCUAAAUUCUGGCAGUUGGAUGGAAGCAAUCAGGGACUACCAGCAUUAUCUUCACCAUUUCAAAUAUUUUUAUAAAUUAUUUAUGUGGGUCAGUUUUAAGUACCACUAUAUCUUUUGUAACAUCCUCCUUCAUGUAAACUUGCUGUACAUAUCUGUUCAUUU